CACCCACAACUUUAGCAAAUUUGCUGCCGAGCGCUUAUACAGCUUAUUGGUACGAGAAAUUUUUAAGUACACUCAGAUUAGCGGGUGGGCUGUGAGCACAUUAUAAGAAAUAAUGGAAUAAAAAUAGCGCAGUGGGGAAAAGGAAACGACAAACAUGGCGAGAUUUUCAGUCGACGGAGAAGCAGAAACAAGCAAUCCAAUAAGCGGAAAGAGGCAAAAAAGUAGCCAAAUCGAUAAUUCUGAACAGCCUAAUGAACACCAGCAACAGCAAAAAGCUGCUGUAUCUCAUUACGAUGAUAAUCACACGGUAUCAUCAUCUGAAGAGGAAGACAACGAAGGAUCCGACCCGAAUACCCAAUUGGCUACUUCGGAACCACCACCCACAAGAAAUGGUGCAAUUUUUGUGACCAUUACUGACCCUGACGUUCUUGAAUGUCCCAUUUGCUAUGAGUCCUUUUCAAUCCCCGUCUUUCAGUGUGUGAAUGGGCAUGCGGCUUGCUCUUCCUGCUACAAGAAACUUGCACAUAAAUGUCCUUCGUGCUCUAUGCCUAUUGGCUAUAAUCGUUGUCGAGCUUUUGAGAAGGUUCUUAAAUCAGUCAAACUACCGUGCCACAAUCUGAAGUAUGGAUGCAAAGAAAUGGUUUUGUACAGCAAGAAAUCGGAGCAUGAUAAAGUCUGCAACUAUAUGCCGUGUCCAUGCCCCCUCUCAAGCUGCAAGUUUGUUGGCUCAGAUAGGCAGUUAUACCGGCAUUUUAGCAAAAAACACAAGGGUUCUGCGUUACGCUUUCAAUUUAAGACCACUUUUCCUGUUUUCUUGACUCAUGAUCACAAAAGCCUUAUUCUUCAAGAGGAGGGAGACAAUAGUUUAUUUAUUUUGAAGAAUACAGCCGAUAUUCUUGGGAAUGUGAUUACGGUUGACUGUAUAGGGCCUCCAUCAUUAAAACAAGGAUACCAUUAUAUGGUUGAAGCAAAAAUGGAGGGAAGUACCCUCAGAUUUCAAUCUCUUACAAAAAGUAUCCAAAAGGUUAAUCACGAUGAUCCUCAUUCAGAUACAUUCCUUGUAGUUCCGGGCAGUUUCUUUGGUUCUUAUGGGCAGAUCAUCUUGGAUGUCUGCAUAUGGGAUCAUGGUUCAUAUCCUACUGAAAUUACUAGUGCUGCUUAAUGCACCUGAUGCUUUUAGUUUUUGAUUUCGCAGGAAAGCUUCGAGUUGCUGAUUAAUUUUGUGUAUUCCAUGCUUGAAUUUCCUUAACCGCUGCUGAGCCAUUGAGACGGCUGCAAGGAAACUUUCACUUAUGGUAAACUCUUUCUUGCAUCGGCAUAUGCCUUCUCGACUUGUACCAGCAUGCAAAUGUAUCAGCAGUUUUAUGGAUUUAUAGUACCAUCGCUGUAUCAAAGUUUCAUGUUAAUUGCGUCACAAAUUUCCUAUUCAAUUGAUGUGCCUUUUUUUUCCAAGUGGGGUGAGCAGUAUAUCCGACCGACCAAAUGAAUGACUUUUGUCCGGUACGGUGAUAAAUUUGGGUUGUGUCGGUUCAGUUUUAGGGAUUUAAAAUUUCAGUUUUCGGUUAUUAGUUUGGUUUGAGAUCUGGAUUAUCCAAAUUAACUGAACCGGCCGAAUAAAUUGAGCAAUUGAUUUUAUUUUUCAUAAUUAUAUUAGUAUUUUUCCAGCUUUAA